CCACCACCAUUACUAUAAUUCUUUACUCUCUCUCUCUCUCUAAACCUCUCUGUAGCUACAACCAGCUCGGCAGCUCCUUUCCCCCUAACCCUAUCUCCGUCGUCGUCUUCUUUCUUCAGUUCCAUUUCCAUUCUAGCGCUCCGGUCUUUGCAUUCCGUUGGAAACCCUAGCUCGCCGGAGGGAAGUGGAGCCGCUGUGAGCGGAGCUGAGUUCAGUUAGCUGAAAGUCGAGCUGCUGCUGCAGCUCUCUGUUCCUUCUCUCUUCCUUCUGCUGGAAUGCUUGCUGCUAGUUUAGUUGGCUAGGGUUUUAACAAGGAUGCUUUCCCGCCUCAAUUGAAAGGGAGGCGGCUUCUUUUUUUGCGCGGGAGAAAAGGGCGACUGGAAGAGCGGGCUUGGCCGGAGGUGUUGCCGAGAAGCGGAGGGAAGAAAAUGUAUGUGGUGCCGCCUCCUCAGAGAUCCGAUCCUGGAUCCGCCGGAGGUAGUAACCAGGCCGAUUUGAGAGUGUACCAGACUUGGAAAGGCAGCAAUAUAUUUUUUCUUAAUGGGAGGUUUAUAUUCGGUCCAGAUGUGAGAUCACUUGCGCUUACCAUAUUCCUGAUUGUGGCUCCAGUUGCAGUUUUCUGCAUUUUUGUUGCUAGAAAGCUAGUGGACGACUUCCCAAAUGACUGGGGCAUAUCGAUAAUGGUUGCGGCCGUUGUGUUCACUGUUUAUGACUUGGUUCUUCUGCUACUAACUUCCGGGAGAGAUCCUGGUAUUAUUCCCCGCAAUGCGCAUCCCCCAGAACCCGAAGGCUUUGAGGGGAAUGCAGAUGUUGGGUCGGGCCAAACUCCGCAGUUACGUCUGCCACGUAUCAAGGAGGUGGAGGUUAAUGGAAUGACCAGAAACUACAGAUUCUUCUUCAUGUUUGUCUUCUCAACGACCCUGCUAUGUAUAUACGUCUUUGCAUUCAGCUGGGUCUACAUCAGGAGAAUCAUGUCCUCGGAGGAUAUCUCGAUCGUGAAAGCUAUGCUCAAAACCCCUGCAUCCAUCGUUCUCAUAAUCUAUACCUUCAUAUCAAUGUGGUUCGUUGGUGGCCUCACAGCUUUCCACUUAUACCUAAUUAGCACCAAUCAGACAACUUAUGAGAACUUCAGAUACCGAUACGACAACCGUGCCAACCCUUACAACAAGGGAGUCACAGACAACUUCAAGGAGAUAUUCUGCUCCAGCAUCCCACCAUCCAAGAACGACUUCACGGCCAAUGUGCCCAGAGAACCUCCACUGCCAGCUAGAUCGAUAGGCGGCGGAGGGUUCAUGAGCCCAAACAUGGGGAAAGCAGUUGACGACAUAGAGAUGGGGAGAAAGAACGUGUGGGGCGGCGAUAUGGGAGGCACCCUCGGCCUGGGUGGGGACCAGGAUGGCGAAGGACAUCUGUCUGGCAAUGAGCGGACAACAGUGAAAGAAGGCGAGCUCGGGGAGCUGUCACCAGAUAUAAGAACGGCGGUGGAGGAAGCAGGAGUAGGAGGGGAACGUGGCAAUCCGAGGAGGUCGAGCUGGGGGAGGAAGAGUGGCAGCUGGGAGAUGUCGCCAGAGGUUCUGGCAUUGGCGGCUAGAGUUGGCGGGGAGUCUAAUCGCGUCGUUGGCAGUAGUAGUAGUGGCAGCUUGACGACGACAUCGGAGAAUAGGCCGACGUGAUGGUGAUGGUUUUGGUCAGUCUUUGGGAGAUGUAGCAGUCAAUGCAAGAGGGUCAGUCCCAUUCAUUAUGUAUGAUUGUGCAGUAAGUAGUAGUAAUGGUGGCGGCAUAGUAUGGGGGGAAAGGAAUGUGCUUUGACCCAAAAUUUGUGGCUUUUCUUCUUCUUCCUUCAGGGUGAUUUUGUUUUCAUCUUCCGACAGAUCUUUCGCCAGCCCAUGACUAUGGCUAGUGUGGAGGAGGCUGGAUGGGUGACAAGAUAUGGGCCGAGUGGUCGCGCAACAAUACAAUUGGGCCAUCUGGUCUUCAUGUUGAUCUUCUCGAAUGAGUUUGGUUAUGUAUUGACAAAAAAAAGAGUUUGAUUCUGACUUCACGAGUAUCUCACUCAUGAAAAACAUAAUAUAAUGGGGUUUCAGUGAGAAAUGAUAGUGUGCAUUACUUGAGAUCUACAAUAGGCCAAAUGUACAUUAAAGUAACAUUAAGAGGCGCAUAUUCGAGCUAAUCUGAUUACUAGCCUAAGAAGAAGUUAGAUGAGUUGUAAUGAAAGUGAACUAAAGCACUGUGUAAAAUCAUAAUUAGUGAUUAUGUAGCCAUUCUUCAAUUGUAUAAGAACACA